AGGGACACGUGUAUCCAAGAUGGCGGCGGCUGCGGGAAGGUGUGCGGAGCUGUUACUGAUUCUCUCGCUGCUCCAGAGCAUAAAUGGCUUCUAUGUGCCAGGUGUGGCCCCCAUGAACUUCCGCCAGGAUGCUCCUGUCGAAAUAAAGGCCGUGAAGCUCACCAGCUCCCGCACGCAGCUGCCCUAUGAGUACUACUCCCUGCCGUUCUGCAGACCAGCAGAGGUGACCUACAAGGCGGAGAAUCUGGGCGAGGUACUGCGAGGGGACCGGAUUGUGAACACCCCCUUUAAGGUGCAGAUGAACAGUAACAAGCAGUGUGAGAUAAUGUGUGGCAGUCCCAGCAAGCCCGUGGCCCUCACCGUGGAACAGAGCAAGCUGCUGGCCGAGCGCAUACGAGAGGAUUAUUACGUCCACCUGAUAGCAGAUAACCUGCCCGUGGCCACCAGGCUUGACCUGUAUCUGAACCACGAGGACGACGACAAGAAGAAAGAUCGUGACGUUCAGUUUGAACACGGAUACCGUCUGGGAUUCACGGACAACAACAAGUUCUAUCUGCACAAUCACCUGUCCUUCUUCUUGCAUUAUCAUCGAGAAGAGGUGGAGGAGAAUCAGGAACCCACUUUUAGGGUGGUGAGGUUCGAGGUUAUUCCCCAAAGUAUUAAAAUGGAAGAUCUAAAAGGAAAAGAGGAAGGUUCCUGCACCGUUCCCGAGAGCUCUAACUCUGCACCUCAGGAGAUCGACCCAUCUAAAGAGAACAAGCUGCUCUUCACUUACUCUGUCCAGUGGCAGGAGAGUAACAUUAAAUGGGCCUCACGAUGGGACACCUACCUGACCAUGAGUGAUGUUCAGAUCCACUGGUUCUCCAUUAUCAACUCGGUGGUUGUGGUUUUCUUCUUGUCUGGUAUCCUGAGCAUGAUCAUAAUCAGAACUCUGAGGAAGGACAUUGCAAACUACAACAAGGAAGACGACAUAGAAGACACCAUGGAAGAGUCUGGCUGGAAACUUGUCCAUGGAGACGUGUUCCGGCCUCCACAGUAUCCCAUGAUCCUCAGCUCCCUCCUCGGAUCUGGAAUCCAGCUCUUCUGCAUGGUCCUGAUUGUGAUCUUCGUCGCCAUGCUGGGGAUGCUGUCGCCUUCCAGCAGAGGAGCGCUGAUGACCACGGCCUGCUUUCUCUUCAUGUUCAUGGGUGUCUUUGGUGGGUUCUUCGCUGGCCGCCUUUAUCGCACCCUGAAAGGACACCGGUGGCGUAAAGGAGCUUUUUGUACGGCGACUCUUUACCCCGGAGUGGUGUUCGGAAUCUGCUUUAUACUGAACUGUUUCAUCUGGGGCAAGCAUUCGUCUGGAGCGGUCCCUUUCCCCACUAUGUUGGCAUUGCUGUGUAUGUGGUUCGGGAUCUCGCUGCCCUUGGUAUAUCUCGGCUAUUACUUUGGGUUCCGCAAGAAGCCUUACGAUAACCCGGUGAGGACCAACCAGAUCCCAAGACAGAUCCCGGAGCAGCGCUGGUACAUGAAACGGUUUGUAGGUAUCCUGAUGGCCGGGAUCCUGCCGUUCGGAGCCAUGUUUAUUGAACUUUUCUUCAUUUUCAGUGCUAUCUGGGAGAAUCAGUUCUAUUACUUGUUUGGAUUCCUGUUCCUGGUGUUCAUCAUCCUCGUGGUGUCUUGUUCCCAGAUCAGUAUCGUCAUGGUGUACUUCCAACUGUGCGCGGAGGAUUACCGCUGGUGGUGGAGAACAUUCCUGGUUUCCGGGGGAUCCGCUUUCUAUGUUCUGAUCUACGCCGUGUUCUACUUUGUGAACAAGCUGGACAUAGUCGAGUUUAUUCCGUCCCUUCUCUACUUCGGCUACACGGCCCUGAUGGUCUUAUCGUUCUGGCUUCUCACCGGCACCAUCGGUUUCUACGCCGCUUACAUGUUCAUACGGAAGAUCUACGCCGCCGUAAAGAUCGACUAAACGUGCGAUUUCUCUUCAGCCGAUCCAGCACAAGACGGAGCCGGGCCCCUCCGCAGAGACCCCACCAGCAGGGAAACAUAACAUUCAGUCACCCUCAUCCCGAAUGUAAUGUUUGGUACCGAGUCCACGGACGGGGCGAGGAGUUCCACAUAACUGCAUUUUAACCUCCUGGUAUCCAGUUUCCCAUUGCAGGUUUUUUUUUCUUUUUAGCUGAAAUCUGUCUUAUCUCUCUACUAUAUUUUUUUUUCUUUAUUUUUAAAUUAUUUGGGUUUGAGAUCGGAGGGGGGUGAUUUUUAGGGGGUGGUUGGUGUUAGAGGAAGCACUUUGUUGACCGUUAGGUGAUCGAAGAGUUGAUUAGACAAACUUUGGGUGUUUCGCCACUCGACAAUCCACGGGAAGCAGAUUGGGAGAAGUCUGUUCCUUGCGCAUGCACAAUACCCACGCGGAGUGGGCGCUUUCCUCCUCUUUGUAUGACAGCCAUAGGUGGAAAAAGUGCUUCUUUUUGGGGGAGUUUCUUUAACGUG